AAAGUACAUACGUGACUACUGACUAAUUGAAAGUAGACGUUACACGAUGGUUGUGAAGAUUACGAAGGAGGAUGAAAGACUUCUCGAAGAAUACAGUCAAGCGGCAUCAAAGAGCUCUGAAAAGCUAGUUUACGUCAAUGCAAUUAUGAUAUCUUCGAUUCCUAUCUGGUUAUUUUGGGGAGUACACAAAAUGCCUCUGGUUGCAAACUCAUUUUUGUAUGUAAUCAUUUCUCUGGCAUCAACUUUUCUGAUAUCUAUUGCCUACAAAAAUUCAAAAACACCCCUGAUGGAGCGAAUUGCUAUCCGUCGGACCGAAGCGAUUACCAAGGAAGUCAAUAAUGAAGCUGGCAAAGACAAGAAGUUGUCAAAGAAAAAUAGAGAGGAUGUUGUCCGUGAACGAACUAAAAAGGUUGCUGACUACGAAUCUACGACUUUCUCAAUAUUUUAUAAUAAUUGCCUAUUUCUUCUAGUCCUACUGCUACUUUCUGCUGUUCUCCAUCAUUUCUCAAAUCAAGUGAAUUACUCUGUGUCAAUGUUACUCGCCGCCGGCGCAACUGCUUUUCUGUCAUCCGGUAAAGGAUCAUUUUGAUCUGAUAAGUAAUAUAUUUUCUUAG